AUAGCUCGACAGGUGAGAGUGUCUUUUCAAGUAUAGCGGAAUAGCAAGAGUACUUAUCGGACUCCUCAACAUCUCCCACUACUCGACCUUUAGAUCCUAUUAUAUUAUUCGACAUUGGAAUUAAUCAUUUUGAUUUCAUUAUUUCUAAAAACCAAUCACAAGCAUUUAAUACUUAUGGAUCUGUUGCGCUAUAGGUUCGCGAAAAAUAUUUUAAAAAUAUCAAUACAGUUUUAAUUCACCAAAUUUAUUUAUAAAAAAUGUGAAAUUCAAUAUUAUUUUUUAUUAAAAACAUUUUUUUAAGAAUGUCAAACGUUACAGUUUACGCAAUUUUUAUAUUCAUAUUACGCCACCUAUAUGCACACUUCAUUUUUGACGAUGCCACUAAAUUCAACUAAUCAAUACAAAGUUACAAACAUAAUAAUGAUACAUAUAUUUUUUAAUAAUAUAAACUUUAAAAAAAUAUAAGUUAAAGUAAAAAUGGAGCUUUAUACUGCACUUUGUUGGUUCAGAAUAAGAGAAUUUGAUAAAUGUACAGAAUUAUGUACAAAUUUACUAAAAAAAAAUCCUAAAGAUGAGGCUGCGUGGCUUUUAAAAAUGCGUGCCUUAACAUCACAAGUUUAUGUUGAUGAUUUAGAAACCGAAGAAGAAAGUAUUGCUGAAACUUUCUUCGAUAAUUAUACAAUUGCAGAAAUACCAAGACCAGGAACAUCAUUGAGAAAUCCAGCAACUUCUUACGAAGGCCAAGGAAUCCGUCCAAAAACUCAAUCAGGAAGACCUGUUACUGGUGUUGUGAGACCUAUGACCCAAGGUGGAGCAGCAAAAAGUAUGGAACAAGCGUUAAGAACCGCUAGAACAGCAACCGCGAGACCAAUUACAACGGCCUCAGGACGUGUUGCAAGAUUAGGAACAGCUUCUAUGAUGUCAGAUCCCAAUGGAUCUUUUAUUGAAUUAUCAAGAUUGAACAUUCAAAAGUAUGCAAAAAGGCAAGAGAUAGCAAAACCACUUUUUGAAUAUAUAUUUUAUCAUGAACAUGAUAUAAGGAUGGGUCUGGAUUUUGCCAUUCUAGGAGUACAAGCAACUGAGUUCAAAGACUGGUGGUGGAAAUUUCAAAUGGGCAAGUGUUACUAUAUGCUUGGUCUUAUAAGAGAUGCUGAAGAACAAUACAAAAUAGUUCUAAAAGAGCAUAAGUCUAUUGAUGUUGUAUUAAGAUUAGUUAGGGUGUAUGUUCGUCUUGAUCAGCCAAUAGCUGCUUUAGAUUUAUGUAAACGUGGGCUUGACUAUUUUCCUAAUGAAGUCAUGAUAAUGACUGAAAUGGCAAGAAUUUUUGAAGGGUUAAAUAAUACAACAAUGUCACUGAAAUUUUAUAAACAAGUGGUUCAAGAAGAUGGUGCAAACAUAGAAGCAAUCGCUAGUAUUGCAAUGCAUCAUUUUUAUAAUGAUCAACCGGAAAUUGCUAUGGCAUUAUAUCGGAGAUUGUUUCAAAUGGGUCUUUACAAUGCAGAGAUUCUUACCAAUCUGGGUUUGUGUUGUUUUUAUGCACAGCAAUAUGAUCAUACUAUUUCAUGCUUUUUGAGAGCACUUCAAGAAAUAAAUGAAAAAAAUGCUCCUGAUGUUUGGUAUAAUAUUUCACACAUUGCAAUUGUUCGUAGUUUUAUUUCAAUUAUUUCAUCUUGUUUUUUCUGGAAAUUAAUAAACCAAUUGAACGUAACAUUUCAGGGUCGAGGAGAUUUAAUUAUGGCCGAAGAGUGCCUUCGAAUAGCAAUAACGCUAGACAAUAGACAUGCAAUUUCCUAUAAUAAUUUAGGUAUACUUGAAUUAAAAAAAGGAAAUCUCACAGCUGCUAAAACUUAUUUUGUAUCAGCGGCUUCGAUUGCUGAAUAUAUGCACGAACCUCAUUACAAUGUUGCCUUAUUAUCGUACAAACAAGGAGAUUUACAAAUGAGUUAUAAAAGUGUGCAAAAAGCACUGAAAGCUUACCCUGGCCAUUAUGAGUCGAAAGAAUUAUACAAAAGACUCGAACCAUAUUUUAGUAGUGUAUAAAUUUUGUGAGUGCUAUUAACAAAAAUUUAAGUAAAAUUUUGACUAUUUGUUUUCAAUAAUGUGUUAAUUUGAUUAAGAAAACUAACAGUAGACAAUGAAAGCUUUAUACAAAAAAUUUUUUCUAAUAUGAAAAAUUUUUCAGCAUUUUUCAUGGAUUGGAUUAAACAAUAGCAUUGGCUAUUUGAUCUAAUAUUGACUGAUUCACUGAUUCUGCUAGUGAUAGAUUGAUUGUUUGGGAGAUGGAAUUUAAUCGUCGUUUAAAAUUUUCUAUGCUCUGCAGAAUUAAAUGAAUCCUUAAGGAAUAGAUAUCAUGUUCUUGAUUGAAAUUUUCAAAUUCAUAAAUGAAUUGAUUUA